AUGGCGGUUCUGAUUUCGUACCUGUUCUUACUCGGGCUCAUAUCUUACACCAGCGGGAAGCCGGCUGAUGACAGCUUAUACGGAAUCGUAGAAUUGUUGGAAGCAAUCAGCAACUACGAAGAUAAUCCUAAGAGCCAGCAAGAAGACAAUGCACGUAUCAUUUCGCAAGAUGAGAAGAUUCAAAAAUAUGAACGAGACAGGAACAAGGAAAACAAAAUGGCUCCUACAGUGCAAAGUAUUUACAAUCUAGAGACAAAGGCAGACAAGCCAUUAUCGAAUAUCAAUCUUCUAGUACCAAUACGAGACACAUUAACAGAUUGUAAUUCCGUAGAGACAUGUAAAGACACAAAAAAUUUGCUCGAAAGCAGCCGAAUUGAGGAUCAGAUCAAUAAUGUAAUAGAAGUUUUAAGCCAGCUAGAUAAUAAUGUUGAAAAUGAUGGGAGAAGUACAGAUCGCGUAUCAGACGGUCGGUAUUAUAACAAUCAAGUCUAUAAGAUUAAUGGUAAUUAUAAGAAGAAACGGAUGCCAAAAAUAUUUCGAAUAAGUGAAAACUUUGAUGCGGUUAUGAUUGACGCUGACACAUUUGAGCGACUGAUGAGUAAUUUAAAUUCUAAUACUUAUAAUGAAAGAGAAGCAGAGAAGUUAUUAGAAAGUAUAAAUUUAGAGCAGUUAGAAAAAGAUAACAAUAGGAAUGACAAGAAAUAUAAUACUGAUGCUGGCGCUUAUGAUGCAGAAAAUCGCGAUGACGGGAAUGCUUUGGUUCGAGUAUUAAAAGAAUUGUUAUCAAAGGCUAGAAAUGAAUAG